AUGUGCUCCCAAGUAGCGGUGGUUGCGGCUACGAACAGCCGCGGUAACAGGAUGGACGGAACGGAUGCCGAAGGAUAUCAAGUUAUUUUGCCUACACUGCCUUCAGGUCGUAGUGUUCUCAACACUUUAUUUUUGCAUGCGGAUGUUCGUGCAAGACCCUACCGAGUCGAACAUUUCCGGGAUACGUUGGCGCGUCUGGAAUUGCUCCCCGACGUGAUAGCAUUGGGGGCUUAUCAAAUGAGCCACGUGUGGGCGGUGACCUUCAAGAGCAGAGAAGGCAUGAAGAAAGCUUUGGCUUGUGGCGAAAUGGAAGUGAAGGGCCUACGAUGUUUGGUUAUUGACCCGGCGAACCAGGACGUGCGUCUCAAGCUUCAUUGGCUUCUCUUUAACGCUGCUGACGCAGACGUGCGUGUAGCGCUUGCUCCGUACGGUAAUGUGACCGACGUGACUAAGGAAAAGUGGAGGGUUCAAGGAAUCCAGGACAAGGGGUCGACGACGCGCGUCGUGCGCCUCAAGCUCCAUAAUGGCAUUAAGGUGGACGACCUUCCACAUCAGCUGCGCGUUGCCGGUGACAUGGCCCUGCUUGUCGCGCCUGGAAGAGCGCCACUAUGCCUGCGGUGCCACAGCAAGGGCCAUAUCCGACGUGAGUGCCGAGUUCCUCGCUGCACGCACUGCCGGCGUUUUGGACACGAAGAAAGUGAGUGCGUGAAGACGUACGCAAGUGUCGCGGGGCCGGUUGGAGGAGAUGACACCGCAGAACUCGUCAUGGACGAGGCCGACGCUGAGGAAGUGCAAGCGAAGCAACGCCGAAAGUUGAGGGGCAUGAGGCGGAAACGUCAGCCCCGCCCGACAAGCUGCAAGAUACAAGAACCAACGACGAAAGCCCAAAAGUGGCCGACACAGUAG